GGGUAGGAUUUUGCGCGGCCGUUGGUCAGUUCACGACGAUCCGUCGAACUGUUGACAUCGAUUAGUGCGUUGGUUAAUCCUCCUAUCGUUAUUAUUGUUAUAUUUAAAGAUACUCCGAGCGCGGGAAAAACGUGGCCGCGAACGAAAAACGAGGUGUAAUCUAUCGUGAGUUAAAACGUGUAAAAUAAAUAAUACGAGUUUUUAAGUGUAUACGUAUUUUGUUUUUUUUUUUGCAAAUGCAUCUUCAACAUUAUUGGAUAUUAUCGGGAGGAACGAGGUAAAAAUAAUAAAACGCCUUCAAAAUGGGGGCAAUGUUCAGAAGUGAAGAAAUGGCCCUUUGCCAGUUGUUCAUCCAACCAGAAACUGCUUAUCUUUCCGUUUCUGAACUUGGAGAAACUGGCACGGUUCAAUUUCGUGACCUGAACGGGGAUCAGAAUUAUUUUCAACGAAAAUUCGUUAACGAAGUACGACGAUGCGACGAAUUAGAAAGGAAAUUACGAUACAUCGAAGCGGAAGUUAGAAAGGACGACGUACCAAUACCCGAUAAUAUGUCACAAUUACCAAGGGCACCUAAUCCACGUGCUAUCAUAGAUCUCGAGGCCCAUCUCGAGAAAACGGAGAACGACAUACUAGAGCUGAGCCACAACGCGGUCAAUUUGAAAAGCACCUAUCUAGAACUGACGGAAUUAUGGCACGUCCUAGAGAAGACGCAAGUAUUCUUCACGGAGAAUCAAGAGUCGUUUCUUCUUCUUCUAUAUCAACAGGAAGAGGCCAACGACUCGAUCACUAGGGCUCUGAUUAACGAGGAAGCACAGAAUCCGAGUGCUUCGAGUCGAGGUAGACUCGAAUUCGUUGCCGGAGUUAUUAAUCGUGAACGAGUACCAACCUUUGAGAGAAUGCUAUGGAGAAUAUCACGUGGAAAUGUAUUCCUUCGUCAAGCAGAACUCGAAAAACCAUUGGAGGAUCCAGCUACCGGCAACAAAAUUUAUAAAACAGCAUUCGUCGCCUUUUUCCAAGGUGAACAAUUGAAGAGCCGUAUUAAAAAAGUUUGCACCGGAUUUCACGCUUCCCUUUAUCCUUGUCCAAGUAGUCACGCAGAACGUCAGGAAAUGGUUAAAGAUGUACAAAUACGAUUAGAGGAUUUAAACUUGGUGUUAAAUCAAACACAAGAUCAUCGUCAACGUGUAUUACAUAGCGUGGCUAAAGAAUUAUUCAAUUGGAGUAUCAUGGUUCGUAAAAUGAAAGCUAUUUAUCACACGAUGAAUCUAUUCAACAUGGACGUUUCGAAGAAAUGUUUGAUUGGGGAGUGUUGGGUACCAGUUGCAGAUUUAGGACUUGUACAGGCUUGUUUAACGGAAGGUUCUAAACUUUGUGGUAGUACAAUACCAUCUUUUCUCAAUAUAAUUCAAACGAGUGAAGAUCCACCAACCUUCAAUAGGACAAAUAAAUUUACUAAAGGAUUUCAAACGUUGAUUGAUGCAUAUGGUAUAGCUUCAUAUCGUGAAGCUAAUCCUGCACUUUACACCAUUGUUACUUUUCCUUUUCUAUUCGGUGUUAUGUUUGGGGAUGCUGGUCACGGUAUAAUAUUGACAAUAUUUGCCGCCAUUAUGAUAUUACGUGAAAAGAAGAUAAUGGAACAAAAAUUGGAAAAUGAAAUUGCAAGUAUAUUUUUCGGUGGUCGUUACAUUAUAUUACUGAUGGGUAUAUUUUCAAUUUAUACUGGUAUCAUUUAUAACGAUGUAUUUGCAAAAUCGUUAAAUAUCUUUGGAUCCAGUUGGAAAAUUCAUUACAAUUUUACGGAUGUACAAAAUCAUCAUGCUUUAACCUUGGAUCCAGCAACUAAUGCUUAUGAACAAUCACCUUAUCCACUUGGGGUUGAUCCUGUUUGGUCACUUGCCGAAAAUAAAAUACUCUUUCUUAAUUCAUUCAAAAUGAAAUUGUCCAUAAUAUUUGGCGUCGUUCAUAUGAUAUUUGGCGUUUGUAUGAGCGUCGUUAAUAUUAUACACUUUAAAAAAUAUUCGAGUUUGUUCUUCGAAUUUUUACCACAAUUAAUUUUCCUACUGGUAUUAUUUUUCUACAUGGCAGUUUUGAUGUUCAUUAAAUGGAUUUUAUACGAUGCUACCUCACCAGCAUUAAGAUUUAAACCGGGUUGUGCACCAUCCGUAUUAAAUACCUUUAUUAAUAUGAUGUUAUUUCAACAUAGUAAAGUGGAAGAAGGUUGUUACGAAUUUAUGUUCGAAGGUCAAGCGACAAUGCAAACGUGUUUUGUAUUGAUUGCACUUUUAUGUAUUCCAACGAUGUUACUUGGUAAACCGCUUUACACGCAAUUUUGUUUGAAACCAAAAUUAAAACAAGUUGGUAAAGUUUUAAAAAAUGGUAAUGCAUCACAAGAUAUAGAAUUACAAAAUACACCAUCAAGAAGUCAAACUGUUAGUGUACAACAAGAUCAUGAUAGUGAUUUUGGUGAAAUGAUGAUUUAUCAAGCCAUACAUACGAUAGAAUACGUUUUAUCAACAGUUUCACAUACUGCAUCGUAUUUACGUCUUUGGGCUUUGUCAUUAGCUCAUUCUCAAUUAUCUGAAGUUCUUUGGAACAGGGUUUUACGAAUGGGGUUAGGUGCUUUAGAAGGUGGAUACGUUUACAGCAUUAUUUUGUUCUUUAUUUUUGCCGGUUGGGCAUUUUUUACUAUUGCCAUUCUCGUAUUAAUGGAAGGAUUAUCAGCCUUUCUUCACACUCUUCGGUUACAUUGGAUGGAAUUUAUGAGUAAAUUUUAUAAAGGAGAGGGACACAUUUUUCAGCCAUUUUAUUUCAAAAAUAUAUUGGAUGCUGAAGAUGCCGAAGAUUAAAAAAAUUGUUUAUAAAUAUAUAUAUA